CUGCACACGCCUAAGUUUCCUCAUGCGCACGCGCAGCGAGUACUGGGCGGGGCCUGGGCCAGGGUACCCGCCCAACGUCACGCGUUUCCUCUUCCGGCAGGAGGCCGGGCGGCAGCGCGCGCGGGAAACCUCCGCCAGCUGCUUUCCGCUAGGUCCCGCCGCGGGAAGCGCAGGUAUGGAGACUCUGGUUUUGCGGCCUUGGAUUCGAGAGUUGAUCCUUCGGUCAGAGGCACUCUCAAGUCCACAAGCUGGGCAGCUGCUUAAGGUGUUGCAGGACGUGGUGACCCCAGGCCCAUCCCACGCCCCUGACAUCCUUGACGGCGGAGCCAUGCUGCUUGUGUCCGACGGGACCCACAGUGUCCGAUGCCUAGUGACGCAAGAGGCCCUGAGCACUUCAGAGUGGGAGGAGAAGGAGUUUGGGUUCACUGGAGCCGAGGGCCGGCUGCUCCUGCUGCAAGUCUGUGAGGUUCGCAUACAGAUCGCUGAUCGUGGUUCGCCUGCGGAGUUCUACCUCCAGGUGGACCGCUUCAACCUGCUGCCCACGGAGCAGCCCCGGGUACCCGUGACCGGUUGCAACCAGGACUUUGAUGUACAGAGGAAGCUCUAUGACUGCCUUCAGGACCACCUUUCAGAGUCCAACUCUUCCAAUGCAGGCCUAACACUGUCCCAGCUUCUGGAUGAGGUACAGGAGGACCAGGAGCAUCGGGGGGCACUGGUUCGCCUGGCUGGGAGCUGCCUGACACUAGCAGGCCCUUGCCCAGACCCCCCCCUCACCCGCUGGGCUGCCGCUCGCUGCAGAGCCACAGAAGAAGCCCUGUACACUGUUCCCAGUUUAUUGCUGCACAUCUCUGAGACGGACCAGCAAAUCCUGAACUCUCUGGGCUUAAGUCAGAGGGCACAGGGAGCUCCUGCCUUACCUGGGCAUGAGCCGCUGGAAGACAGCAGUGCCAGCAUCAGCCUUCUGCCUGCCGUACCCUUGGCUGCUCCAGACCCAGUGCAGAGGGAUCGCUCCCAGCUCUCACCAAUCAUCUGCUUAGCCCCUGGACCCCUGCUCCCCAAUUCCCCACACCGUAGUCAGACACCCAACUCUCCACAUCUGAGCUGCACCCCUAGUCUCCAGUCCCUUGGCCCAGCCCUGAGUCCACAUCAGGCUCAUAAUACCAGGCCCCGGAAGCUUGCCCUGGAGUUCAAGGAGCAAGGUUCAACCCCUAACAACCAGCAGCCUUCUCCAAGGACCAGAACCAAGAGAGCCCAGGAGUCUUGUGCUGUCUGGGAUCCCCCAAAAACGCACUGUGAUGGUUCCGCCUUCCAAUAUGAGUAUGAGCCACCUUGUGCUUCCCUCUGUGCCCAAGUCCAAGCUGCUAGGUUACCUCCCCAGCUUGUGGCCUGGGCUUUGCACCUUCUGAUGGAGCCAGAGUCAAGGUCUGAGCUAACUCAGGUGUGAAGGAUCGUGCAGGCAUAUUGGAGGAUGUGCACACAGCUCCAGAUGGGGACAAACAGCACCCCACACUCUGCUUCCUUCAAGUUUUUUAAUAAAAUAAUCUCAUGCGGCA